UAAAACAGAUUCUCCAAAACACAGCGAGGGAGAUGGGAAGCUUCAAGCUGCCCGUCUCUCUGAAUAGCAGACAUGGCGGCAAAUUCGUGCUCCCAUUUCCCAUUUCAAGAAGCUUCUCGCCCUUUAUCACUGGAUGUGAUAAUUCUUGUGAUCCAAACACAGGUACUAGAGACCAUAGAGGCUUUAUCAUUCAGACUCUAGCUUUAGUGGGUCCUCGUAGGUUGAGCUAUAGGGGUUCCCAUGCAAAAAGAUCUCAACAUUUUACUGCAAGAGCUUCAGCACAACCUUUGACUGAGGAGCUUGUUGAAGAUAAAAACUCGGAUCUUUCCACAAGUGGUGAUUCUAUCCGCAGAAGAUUUCUUGAAUUUUAUGCCGCAAGAGGUCACAAAGUUCUUCCAAGUGCUUCUCUUGUCCCAGAGGAUCCAACAGUUCUGUUAACUAUUGCUGGAAUGCUUCAAUUCAAGCCUAUAUUCCUUGGGAAGGUGCCUAGGGAAGUGCCCCGUGCAGCAACUUCUCAGAGAUGCAUACGCACAAAUGAUGUGGAGAAUGUAGGUCGAACAUCCCGGCACCAGACAUUCUUUGAGAUGCUUGGAAAUUUUAGUUUUGGAGAUUACUUCAAACAAGAUGCUAUAAAAUGGGCCUGGGAGCUUGCAACAGUAGAGUUUGGACUACCAGCUGACAGAUUAUGGAUUAGUGUGUAUGACGAUGAUGAUGAAACUUUUUCAAUAUGGCAUAAUGAGCUAGGUGUUCCUGCACAUCGCAUAAAGAGACUUGGUGAGGAGGAUAACUUUUGGACUAGUGGAGUCACUGGUCCCUGUGGCCCUUGCUCUGAGAUUUAUUAUGAUUUCCAUCCUGAGAAGGGAUAUUCAGAUGUCGAUCUUGGAGAUGAUGCUAGAUUUAUAGAGUUCUACAACCUCGUUUUUAUGCAAUACAAUAGAAAUGAGGAUGGAUCACUUGAGCCCUUAAAACAGAAGAAUAUUGAUACUGGCCUAGGCUUGGAGCGCAUGGCUCGCAUUCUUCAACAGGUUCCAAACAAUUAUGAAACUGACUUGAUUUUCCCUAUCAUAGAGAAGGCCUCAAAUUUGGCAAAAGUUUCAUAUCAACUAGCAGAUGAGUCUACAAAAACAAACCUCAAAAUAAUUGGAGAUCACAUGCGUGCAAUAGUUUAUCUUAUAUCAGAUGGAGUUUUUCCAUCAAAUAUUGGGAGGGGCUAUGUGGUUCGACGUCUCAUUAGAAGGGCUGUUCGAACUGGCCGGCUACUUGGUAUAAAGGGGGAUGGCAUAGGAAACUCUGAAGGAGCAUUUUUACCAAUACUCGCAGAAGACGUUAUUAAAUUAAGCACCAACAUAGAUCCGGAUGUAAAAACAAGAGGCUCCCGUAUCCUUGAUGAAUUAAAAAGGGAGGAACUUCGCUUUGUGUUGACACUUGAGAGAGGAGAAAAGCUUCUGGAGCAAAUGUUAAUUGAUGCAUUGUCCAAUGCUCAGGAGAAUGGAACUGUACCUUGUUUAUCUGGCAAGGACGCUUUUCUUCUGUAUGAUACGUAUGGAUUUCCCGUAGAGAUAACAAAGGAGGUUGCUGAUGAACGUGGGGUUGGUAUAGACAUGGAUAGUUUUGAUAUAGAGAUGGAGAACCAAAGACGUCAGUCUCAGGCUGCUCAUAAUACAGUCAAACUCUCAGUUGAAAAUGGAGCUGAGCUAACAGAAAAUAUUCCAGAUACUGAAUUUCUUGGUUACAGCACCCUUUCAACUAAAGCAGUGGUUGAGGGUCUCUUAGUAAAUGGUAAGCCUGUAAGACAGGUUUCUGAAGGAAAUGAAGUUGAAGUGUUACUAGACAGGACGCCAUUUUAUGCAGAAUCAGGGGGUCAAAUUGGGGACCAUGGCUUUCUAUAUGUUACUGAGUCUGGAAAUCAUAAGGAAGCAGUUGUAGAGGUCAAAGAUGUCCAAAAAUCCCUGGGUAACAUUUUUGUUCACAAAGGAACAGUCAAAGAAGGUGUUAUAGACGUUGGCAGAGAAGUGGAAGCUGCUGUAGAUGCAAACCUGAGGCAACGGGCAAAGGUCCAUCAUACUGCUACACAUCUGCUCCAAGCAGCACUUAAGAAAGUAAUAGGCCAGGAAACAUCUCAGGCUGGUUCUUUGGUGGCUUUUGAUCGCCUCAGGUUUGACUUCAAUUUUAAUAGAUCUCUUCGUGAAAAUGAGCUUGUGGAAAUUGAACGCCUGAUUAAUCAAUGGAUUGGAGAUGCAACACUCCUUGAGACGAAAGUGAUGCCCCUGACUGAUGCAAAGAAAGCUGGAGCUAUUGCAAUGUUUGGUGAAAAAUAUGGCGAGCAGGUACGUGUUGUGGAGGUUCCCGGUGUAUCCAUGGAACUCUGUGGUGGUACCCAUGUAAGCAAUACUUCUGAGAUACGUGGCUUCAAAAUAAUUUCUGAACAAGGAAUUGCAUCUGGGAUAAGACGCAUUGAAGCUGUUGCUGGUGAAGCUUUUAUCGAGUAUGUCAUCACCAGAGAUAACCACUUGAAGCAGCUGUGCUCCUCUCUCAAGGUGAAUGCUGAAGAUGUUACAACUAGAGUAAAUAAUCUUUUGAAAGAUCUACGAGAAGCAAGGAGUGAAGUUUCAGCUGCACGUGCGAAAGCAGCAAUUUACAAAGCAUCAACCAUUAUCAGCAAGGCAUUUACUGUGGGAUCUUCGUCAAAGAUAAGGGUGGUAGUUGAGAGCAUGGAUGAUAUAGAUGGCGAUGCAUUAAAGAGUGCUGCUGAGUAUCUAGUAGAUACUUUACAGGAUCCAGCAGCUGUGGUUUUGGGUUCAUGCCCGGAUGAUAAAAGAGUAUGUUUAAUUGCUGCAUUUACUCCGGGAGUAGUUAACCUCGGGAUCCAAGCAGGGAAAUUCAUAGGGCCGAUAGCCAAGCUAUGCGGUGGAAAAGGGGGUGGGCGGCCUAACUUGGCCCAAGCGGGCGGAAGUGAACCUGAGAAGUUGGUGGUUGCACUUGAAAAAGCUCGUGAUGAGCUUAUGUCACUUGUUUCUGAAAAGGCUGGUUGAAAAUAUUAUCAUAAUGAAACAAAGCAUUAGCAUGUAAUUCACAGGCAGGCAGCGUGGAGUUGUAGUAGAAUAUGAAUAUUUUGCAUUCAAGUUGCAAAUGCCGUUUCCUUGUUCCAUUUUUGAGUUUGAACUCGCUGUUGUAGAUUAUGAAUGAUAUAGGGGGUUGGGAGUGGUUGUAUAUAGAAAUAGAUUGAUCCAUCAAAAUCCCAAUUUCUCUGUAUAUUGCUGACAGUAAUCGUUUUCAUAAAUCGAAUUAAUGUGAUGUAA